AUGCCUGCUACGCUUCCUAAUUCGAACCAAGGGGCCCUUCUCAUGCUUCCUAGCUCUCCUCAUCACUGUGCUCAUCGUCCCUGCCGUUCCCCACCUCCAUUGUGCCCCCAUUGUUCCGCCUUUGUCAUCGUUGUCGUCAACCUCCUUCGUUCCUUCGUUCCUUCGUUCCUUCGUUCCUUCGUUCCUUCGUUCCUUCGUUCCUUCGUUCCUUCGUUCCUUCGUUCCUUCGUUCCUUCGUUCCUUCGUUCCUUCGUUCCUUCGUUCCUUCGUUCCUUCGUUCCUUCGUUCCUUCGUUCCUUCGUUCCUUCGUUCCUUCGUUCCUUCGUUCCUUCGUUCCUUCGUUCCUUCGUUCCUUCGUUCCUUCGUUCCUUCGUUCCUUCGUUCCUUCGUUCCUUCGUUCCUUCGUUCCUUCUUCGUCAACCUCCUUCGUAUCUGCUGUUUCCCGCCUCCCUUGUGCUUUCGUCGCCGCCCUCCUUUGUAGCUUUGUUGUUCUCCUUUGUCCCUUUGUAG